GAGAGGGAGAUCAUGUCAACAAAGAAGAAGAAAGGGGAGAAGAUCAAGAUAAUGCAAGUAGAUCUCUCGUUGAAGAUGGAGGAAGAACAAAAAAGAAGAGGAGAUGAUGAACACCAUGAAGAAGAAGAAGAAGAAGAAGAGAUCAAAGCGGAUGAAAAUGAUGAAGGCAGCGACGACGAUGACCACAACGUAGUCGAAGAAGAUGGAGAGAAAAGAGAAGAUGAAAACAAUAAAGAGGGAGAUAAAGAAACCAAGAGAGAGGUGGGACAAGAUGCAAAACAAGAGAAGCCCAUGGUUGAUAAUAUUGUAUCUAAUGAGUUGUGCAUGUUGCAAACCGAGAUGGAUCGAAUGAAGGAAGAGAACGAGCUGCUGCGGAAGGCCGUCGACCGCACCAUGAAGGAUUACUACGAUCUGCAAAUGAAGUUCGCGGCGGUGCAAAAAGCUGAUCAUCAUCAACAAAGAGAGCCCCGAGUAUUCCUUUCUCUCGGCGGUGACGAUAACCGAGAGCCAAAGAGGGCUCGUGAGACCAUCGAGGGUGAUCAUCAAGAGCAAGCAAAACCAUUGUUGUUAUCUAAUUACCGAGGGGGCGACACAAAGGAAGCGAAGGAGCUCGGGUUGUCGCUGAGCUUGCAAACAUUUGAGGAACCGCAUGAAAAGGAUUCGUCCAUGAAGGAACUCGCGAGUAGUUGGUUAACCCUAGAGAGCAACAAACUACAAGCCGCCGCCACCGCCGCCGAAUUGGCGGGGAUUACGAGCCAAAGCAUCAAUCCGGCCAACAGGAAAACUAGGGUUUCAGUGAGAGCCAGGUGCCAAGGUCCUACUAUGAAUGAUGGGUGCCAAUGGAGAAAAUACGGUCAGAAGGUCGCGAAAGGGAACCCGUGUCCGCGAGCGUACUACCGAUGCACGGUCGCACCCGGAUGCCCGGUCAGAAAACAGGUACAAAGAUGCCUCGAGGACAUGUCGAUACUCAUAACGACGUACGAGGGGACGCACAACCAUCCCUUACCGGUAGGCGCGACCGCCAUGGCUUCCACCACAUCCGCGGGACCAAAUUACAUGUUAAUGUCCGGUGCGAACUCGUCUUCGACAUCCAAUAUCAUUCCUGAAAGCUUCUCUAACCAAAUACAUUCUUCAUAUCUAAGCCCAUAUCUUUUGAAUUCUUCGCCCAAUCUACCAACUCUGAAUAGCUUCGCAAGUUCUCCGAGCACUUCGGGCAUCUUCGACAUGUCCACGAACUUCCAAACACACAAUAUGAAGUAUCAAUGGCCCGCGAACAACCCCUUUUCGAGUAACAAGGAUGAAGAGAGUAGUAAAAGUAGCAGUAAGUGGGUGAUUGACUCCCUUUCUCCUCAGUGAAUUAGGACCUUAGAUUGAUAAUUGUACACAAAAAAUAUACUUAAUCAUAUCCCUUGGCUAUCGAUGCCCUUUUUCC